UAACCGCGCAUCGUUUGGCAAAAGGGAGGUUGGGUUAGGUGAAAGGGUGGUGGAGGUAGUGAUAGUGGUGGUGGUGGUAGUAAGUGGGAGGUGGGUGAACAGAUGAACGAACGAACGGGCGUAUCAAUUCGACGUACCUGUGUGGGUACGCGCCUGUGUUUACAUUCGAAUUUCAUCGAUGAUAUAUAUAUAUAUAUAUACAACAUACAUACAUUUAUACGAAAGGAAAGAAUAGUAGGUUAAUCGGAAAAAAGAGGACGAAUAGAAUGUGUGUUAGAGAAAAAGAGAGAGAUAGAGAGAGAGAGAGAGAAAGAGGGUGAAGUAGUACUCCCUCUUAAGGUAUAACAAAAGGGUAGGAAGUACGAUGAUGUCGUCCAGUAAUACCGGCCGACGUCAAACUUUUAUUCACUGAUAGAGUAUAUUUUCGUCGAUGUACUCGCUCGUCGCAAAUCCAGAAGCCGAGGACGAGGAUGAUAGCAAUGGUCAUGCCGACGCGAACAAACGAACUAAUACGACUGCUGCUGGCACUGUUGUUGUACGUUACGACGAGCCACAUUCUGAGGAGAAUGACGAUGACAGUGAUGUAUCAACAACGUCUUCUGUUAGGAUAAAAAAGAAACGCAAGGGAUUAAUGAACGAAGAGGAGUCGCGUGACAAUGCGGAAGAACAAUGGCACGAAAUCAAUUGUAGUUUUCAGCAUGACAGGAGUGCCUAAAAGGAGAAAGAGAGAUAGGUAGAUAGAUAGAUAGACAGAUAUAGAGAACGAGAGAGAGAGAGAGAGAAAGAGAUUGAGAGAGAGAUUGAGAUUGAGAUUGAGAGA